CGCACCAUCACUCCAGACAACACAGCUUCACUUCCAACAACAGCAACACCAACACCACCUCACUCACCAAAAAACCCUCCCCCAGAACCCACAAACGCCAACAUGCAGUUCACCAUCCUCGCCUUCGCCGCCAUGGCCGCUGCUAUCCCAGCCAUGAUUCAGGAGCGCGCUCCGGGUUCCGUCUGCCCAGCACUCGACACCCCUCUUUGCUGCCAGGCCGAUGUCGAUGGAGUUGUCGACGUGACCUGCGAGGCUCCUUCCGACACCUCCUCCGUCAACGCCUUCAAGAGCAGCUGUGCCUCGAGCGGCACCACAGCCAAGUGCUGCACUUUGCCUUUGGCUGGUGAUGCUCUUCUCUGCAGCUCCCCAUAAAUGCAUUAUGUAUGGGGCAACGGGGAAACAUCCAACCAACCCUUUUUUCAUGAAUGGAAUAUGACAAAGUCGGAGAAGACGAGAAUGAAGAGGAGGAUUUCACGAGAUACAUUUACAUUGUACUGGCUUUGUAUUCUUAACAACAACAAAAUUCUUUUUUGUAUUCACAGACAGAAUUUUCUUUUGUUAUCGAGAAUAGAGACAUAACAGAUUUU